CUCUCUCUCUCUCUCUCUGUAGUUGCAACCAGUACUACUGGAUUCUACAUUUCUCUCAAGCUUCUCCAGAGCUCCAAAGGAAGCUGCCUCCCAUCAAGGAUGAGACAGGCACACUUCAGCUAAAGAACACGAGCAUCUUAUCUUUAUCUGCUGUCUUAAAGCCGUUUUCUAUCAUUCCUUUCCCACUUCAAGCCUCGUUAAGAUCCCAAAGCUAGGUAGAAGAACCGCGGUGAGACAGUACGCGUCGGCAGCAAAUGUUAAGGAGCUCCCCUCAGCAAGCAGUCUCUGCUCUUCCUGUCAACAGCGUCUCCUGCUCUACCGCCUCCAACCCUCCACGGACUCCCAUCUCCUCGGCGGAUGAUGACAAGGCCGGCAAGAGGAAGAGAAGGCCUGCGGGCACACCAGAUCCUGAUGCGGAGGUGGUGUCGCUGUCGCCGAGGACGCUGCUGGAGUCGGACCGGUACGUGUGCGAGAUCUGCCACCAGGGGUUUCAGAGGGACCAGAAUCUGCAGAUGCACCGGCGGCGGCACAAGGUGCCAUGGAAGCUUCUGAGGCGGGAUGCGGCGGAGGCACGGAAGCGGGUGUUCGUGUGCCCCGAGCCCAGCUGCCUGCACCACGACCCCCGCCACGCUCUCGGCGACCUGGUCGGCAUCAAGAAGCACUUCCGCCGGAAGCACAGCGACCGUCGGCAGUGGGCCUGCUCCCGGUGCUCCAAGGCCUACGCCGUCCAGUCCGACUACAAGGCGCACCUCAAGACCUGCGGCACCCGCGGCCACUCCUGCGACUGCGGCCGCGUCUUCUCUCGAGUCGAAAGCUUCAUAGAGCACCAAGAUUCUUGCAGCGCCACUCGGACCUUCGGCGAGCCUGCGACCCCACGGCCCUCCAGCCUUUCCUGGACGACGUCGAGCACAAGUCCGUCGACUGAGCCAACACUUUCCGGCCGAACAACCUCAACCGCCGCCGCCGCCGCCGCUGCCGCUGCCGCAGCAUCAUCCCUACCACUCGCGCUCCAUGUGCUCCCAACAUCCACCUCCUCCCCCGACUCCGACGAGGCCCAGGCGACGGUGCUGCAGCUAUCUAUCGGGCCGCCCGUCGGUGGCUUCCCCUCGUCGAACGCAGGUGGUGAUCCCCGGGAGCAGCUGCGCCAGGCGGCGAGGGAGAAGGCCUUGGCGAGUGAUGCAAGGCAGCAAGCUUUGAAGCAGGUCGAGAUGGCAGAGAAGGAACUGGCCAACGCCAAGACGAUCCGGCGGCAGGCGCAAGCCGAGCUCGAGAACGCCUACCUCCUGAGGGACCAUACAGCGAAGCAGAUCAACCUGAUGCUUCUCCAGAUAACUUGUCACUCCUGCAGGAAGCAGUUGCAGUCGAAGCCCGGCACGGUAUGGGAAGAGGGACCAAAGGCGGCAGCCAGCUAUGCGCCAUCGGCCAUGGCGGAGAGCAAGGAAGACGACAGCAAUGAUGGGAGUCACUUCCGAGUAUCUCCUAACACACAGCUCUCUCCAUAAUUAGAUUACUUCUUAAUAUAUCGGUGUAUUUUUUGUUGGGUGAUGAUGCCUCCAUGUUCGAGAUGGCAUAUGGGAUGAUGAAAACUUUGGCUCCUUUGCUUGCAGUAGCUUUUGAUCAUUAUUAUUUGCAGAAAAAAAAAAAACAAAGAAAGUGGGAUUGAAUUUGAUGUUUCCU